AUGCAGCCAGUUUCUGUACCUGCCUUGCCUCAAGGGUACAACUUGCGAAGGGUCGGCAAAGAGGACUUCCAGGAUAAGAACCUGUUCAAGACACUCUCAAUCUUAACAACUGUAGGCGAUAUCCCGGAGCCAAAAUUCCAUGCCCUUAUUGAGUAUUGGAAUGAUAGAAAAGAGAUCUACAACCCAAUGGUGAUCACUAAUGCAGAAAAUGUCAUUAUUGCAACAGGAAUGCUUUUUGUGGAGCACAAGUUGAUCCACGGCGGAGGUAAGGUAGGCCACAUCGAGGAUAUUUCCGUUAACCCUUCAGAACAGGGUAAAAAGUUGGGAUUGAUUAUGAUUCGAAACUUGAUACAAAUUGCACAGACUGAAGGCUGCUAUAAGGUGAUUCUGGAUUGCGAUGAAAAAAACGUGAGAUUUUAUGAAAAAUGUGGUAUGAAAAUUGAAGGUGUCGAAAUGGGGUAUCGAUUUUGA